AAUAAUGAUAAAGCUCUAAUAAUAAUAACAACAAAAUGGCAGUGGGAGAGGAGAGCCGUAGGCCCAGAAACGGUCGCUUCUUCUUCUGGUUCUUCUGUUUUCAGAGCAUCAAGUCGAGAGGACUCUAAUUCCAUUUUUCUCUCUUCUUUUACUAAUCCCUCCCUCCUAUGGACUCUAAUUCUCAACCUCCUUCUUCAGCUAGUAAUCCUCCCCCAAAACCUUGGGAACGGGCAGGUUCGUCAUCUGGGCCUGCUCCAUUCAAUCCCCCAUCACCUGGAAGCACAAGCGACGUGGUCGAGGCUUCAGGAACUGCAAGGCCUGGAGAAAUUGUUUCGACUUCCGAUAGGACUAACACCCUUAACAGAAGCACUCUUUCUAGGCCUGUUCCCACGAGACCUUGGGAGCAAAACUACGCGACUAGCAAUACCUACGGGGGCUAUGGUUCUACGAUGAAUGGUGGAGUUGGGGGAAUGUACGGAAGCUCAUACGGUGGAGUUGGGGGAAUGUACGGAAGCUCAUACGGUGGAGUUGGGGGAAUGUAUGGUAGCUCAUAUGGUGGGGUUGGAGGAAUGUAUGGCAGCUCGUAUGGUGGAGUUGGAGGAAUGUAUGGCAACAGCAUGUACAGAGGAGGAGGGUAUGGAGGGGGACUUUAUGGAUCUUCUGGAUUAUAUGGGGGUGGGAUGUACAAUGGUGGUAUGGGAGGGCAAAUGGGUGGCUAUGGGAUGGGCAUGGGUGGUCCUUAUGGAGCUGAAGAUCCAAAUAAUCCAUAUGGUGCUCCUCCAUCUCCUCCAGGAUUUUGGAUUUCAGUACUGAGGGUGAUGCAGGGUGUAGUAAACUUUUUCGGUCGCAUAUCAAUACUCAUUGACCAGAAUACACAAGCUUUUCAUUUUUUCAUGACUGCUCUUCUUCAGCUAUUUGAGCGCUCGGGCUUAUUGUAUGGAGAGCUUGCCAGAUUUGCUUUUAGGAUUCUAGGAAUCAAAACAAAGUCAAGGAAGGUUCACCAACUAGGUCCUGAUGGACGCCCACUUGCACUACCUGGACCUGGACACCAGAACCAGAACUAUAUCGAGGGACCUAAGGCUUCUGCGCCCGGUGCUUGGGACAACGUUUGGGGAAAUGAGGCUGGUAACUAAUAAUGAAACCUGCUGAAACGACAGUAUCAUUUUGCUUUGCCCCGGGGAGCCUGCUGCAGUUUAGGUCAACAUUUUAUGAAGCUUGCCCUCUGUCAAGGAUUGUGGAGAUGUUACAUAAUUGGGAUAGGUUAUUCUAGAGUUGUUUGUUGGUCAUUUGGUUAAACAGACCAGUGAAAAUAAAGAAAUAAAAAUAAGAUGGAGUCGACUACUAAUAUGAAAUUAAAUGUAACUUUAUAUUAUUAUAGUUUGUGUCCGGUCUUACUUUCCUGCAAAAGUAAUAAUAGGAUGGUAUGAUUUGGGGUCAA